GGAGCUUGAACUUGAGGGACGUUCUGGUACAGAAGAGCAGGAAUUUGAUGAGCUUGUAUCAUUUAUUCAACAAAGAAUGAGCCAAGCUGAGCCUAUUAAUUUAGUCAAAGAUAUUGAGGAUCAAACUGUGGAAAGAAAGAAAGUAGCCUUGUUUGAGUGUGAAAUCAAGAUCAAUUACCCUGAAAUCAAACUCUCUUGGUACAAAGGAACAGUAAAACUGGACACAAAUGACAAAUAUGAAAUUAGUGUCGAAGGAGAUCGUCAUUAUCUCAGAAUUAAGAACUGUCAGUUGGAGGAUCAAGGAAAUUAUCGUAUAGUAUGUGGACCACACAUAGCCAGUGCCAAAUUAACUGUGAUUGAACCUAUAGUUAUAAAGCCUCUCCAGGAUCGUUCCAUCAAGGAGGGACACAGUAACACUCUAAUUUGUGAGUUCUCAGUUCCAAAUGUGAAGUCUCAGUGGUACAGAAAUGGAAAAGUUAUUGAACCUCGAGGAAGAUAUCGAACAGAGGUCAAUGAGAAUAUUCACAAGCUUACUAUCCAAGAUGUAAGAACAGAGGACCAAGGGCAGUAUACCUGCAGAUUUGAAAACUUGGAAACUACUGCAGAUCUUGUUAUUGAAGCUGAAGCUAUUCAGUUUACCAAAACAAUUCAGAACAUUGUUGUUAGUGAGCAUGAAUCUGCCACCUUUGAGUGCGAAGUAUCUUUCGAUGAUGCUGUGGUUACGUGGUACAAAGGAACCAUGGAGUUACAAGAGAGUCAAAAGUACAGUUUCAGAAGUGAGGGCCGUUGGCAUUACAUGACCAUCCAUAAUGUAACAGCAGAGGAUGAAGGAGUCUAUUCAGUGAUUGCCAGCCUUGAGCCAAGAGGUGAAGCAACAAGCACAGCUGAACUGUAUCUGACUACCAAAGAGAUGAAGUUGGAGCUCCGACCACCAGAUGUUCCAGAUACCAGGAUACCAUAUAUACCUGCUGCAGUUGAAGAAGAAUUCAUAACAGAAGUGCCCAAGCCAGGUGUGAAAGUUCCCAGAGACGUAACAGAUGUUGGAGAGGGGGUUCCACCAGCUAAAAUUGCUCUAGUGGGCAAGAAACAAAAAGUCCCAGCUCCACCAGUUCCUACUGUU